AUGAUCGACAAGGAACAUGUCUUGCAAGCAAGACUGAACAAGGAGAACAUAUCAGAAGCGGAAAAGAACAAAUGGCAUGAUGAGUUAGCGAAGCUGUAUUCUGAAAUGGAAAAUCUACAACUUGAUAAGGCACCUGCCCGAGCGGCAUCCAUUCUCUAUGGUCUAGGAUUUACACCAGAUGAACAGAAGAAGCCUACAAAAGAGUUUUCCGGUGGUUGGCGAAUGCGAGUUGCUCUUGCCCGCGCUCUUUUUGUCAAGCCAGAUUUACUGCUUCUUGAUGAGCCUACUAAUAUGUUAGAUAUGAGAGCAGUUUAUUGGUUGGAAGGUCAUUUACAGUCAUGGGAAGGCACUAUACUGACCGUUUCCCACGACCGGAAGUUCCUGAACGAAAUCUGCACGGAUAUAGUUCAUCUGCAUACAAGGAGGCUUGACCAUUACAGAGGGAACUAUGAUAAUUUUGAAAAGACCAUGAAGGAGAAGCUCACGCAGCAACAACGAGAGUACGAAGCUCAGCAGACUCUCCGGCAGCACACUCAAGAGUUUAUCGACAAGUUCCGUUAUAACGCCAAGAGAGCCGCAAUGGUGCAAAGUAGGAUAAAAAUGCUUGAAAAAUUACCUGUGCUUCAUGCAGUUGAGCUUGAUGCGGAGAUCACAUUCAAGUUUCCGCAGUGCGAAGUGUUGAACAAUCCUGUUCUGCAGCUCGAUGAUGUAUCGUUUAGGUAUACUGAUGAUACGGCUCUUUUGUUCCGAAAGCUCAAUCUGGGUACUCAUGCUAAUUCCCGCAUUUGUAUCGUCGGUGAAAACGGUUCAGGAAAAACAACACUCUUGAAGCUUCUUCUAGGAGAACUCAACCCAACGCAUGGAUUGCGAAAUGUAAAUAGACGGAUUAGGAUUGGGUAUUUCACGCAGCAUCACGUUGAUCAGCUUGAUAUGGAUAUGACUGCCAUUGAAGUUUUAGCUCAUAAUUAUCCAGGCAAAUCACAGGAGGAUUACCGCACAGCGCUUAGUCAUUUUGGAUUGACAGGCGACAUGGCUCUGCAGUCAGUCUACACAUUAUCUGGAGGACAAAAGUCACGUUUAGCAUUCGCCAAUAUCGCGAUGU